GUGAGCCGCUCAGCAGCGACAACAGCGGCGGAGCACGUCUGUAGAUCCCUACAUGUGACAUGGCUAAACAAGCCCUUAUGAAACGCGGUUAUGUUAUGAAACUCUGGGUUGGUGCUGUCUAAAUUCUUGCCUUUGUUUUCACCAAGAAGUUGUUGAACGUACAAUUAUCAGAGUCUUCGCAGAUAGAAUAAACCAAAGAUGUCACUUUACAGGAAUGCCGUGUGGUUCGUGAAAGGACUUCAGGAAUACACAAAAGGAGGCUAUGAAACCGCCGCUAAAUAUUUCGUUGCUGGGGACCUGGAUGUGAAUUUGAGUGGUAGGGACUUCAUGAUCACGGGGGCCAACAGUGGCAUUGGGAAAGCCACUGCUUGUGAAAUCGCGAAAAGGGGUGGGACGGUACACCUCAUCUGCAGGAACAAGGAAAGGGCUGAGGAGGCCAGGAGGGAAAUCGUGGAGCAAAGCGAAAAUGAGAAUGUCCAUGUUCACCUGUUGGACAUGUCUUACCCCAGACAGGUGUGGGAGUUUGCACAGAGCUUCCAGGAGAAUCACAGCUUACAUGUGCUGAUCAACAACGCUGGCUGUAUGGUGAACCAGAGAGAGCUGACAGAGGACGGUCUGGAGAAGAACUUUGCCACAAACACUUUAGGCACGUUUAUCCUAACCACAGCACUCAUACCGGCACUGAAGAAGUCUCAAGACCCUAGAGUGGUGACAGUGUCCUCAGGUGGCAUGCUGGUUCAGAAGCUGAAUGUGGAUGACCUGCAGUUUGAGAAGUGCACCUUCGAUGGCACCAUGGCUUACGCCCAGAACAAGAGGCAGCAGGUGAUUCUCACAGAGCGGUGGGCCGCUCAGCACAAGGAGAUCCACUUCUCCUCUAUGCACCCGGGCUGGGCUGAUACACCAGCGGUGCGGUCGUCCAUGCCAGAGUUCUAUGAGAAGAUGAAGAACAGGUUGCGAACGGAGGCUCAGGGAGCCGACACCGCCCUGUGGCUCGCAGUGUCCGCCAGCGCGAUCAAACACCCCAGCGGCCUUUUCUUCCAGGACCGUAAGGCUGUAUCCACCCACCUGCCACUGGCCGCUUCCCGAUCUACACCUGACAAUGAGGAGAGGCUACAAACAGAACUGGAGCAGCUGGUCCAAAAAUUCAAACCACAGCCUUCAUAGGCAAGUCGCCUGUCUGACCAACCAAUCAGCUCACUCCUGAUAGCAACAGUUAAACAAAACCUAAAUCAUAUUAAUAACACUUUUUACCUAAAUCAUUUUAAUAACACUUAUUUUAACUAAUCCGAUUUUGUAGUUGAUUGUAAAUUGUGUUUUGCAAUAUUUUAUAAAUAUCAAAAUGCACUCUGUCCAAUAGCAGUGUCCGACAUCAAUUUAAAGUGAUGUCAGGUCAUUAGUUUUCUCCGAGUUGGGAAUACAUCGCAGCACAGCCAUCUGACUUUACAUUACAUUACAGGCAUUUAGCGGACGCUCUUAUCCAGAGCGACUUACACAACUUUUACAUAGCAUUUUUACAUUGUAUCCAUUUAUACAGCUGGAUAUAUACUGAAGCAAUGCAGGUUAAGUACCUUGCUCAAGGGUACAACGGCAGUGUCCUACCCGGGAAUCGAACCUACGACCUUUCGGUUACAAGCCCAGUUCCUUACCCACUGUGCUACACUGCCUUAGCGUUCACCUGAUUUAUGGUCAUACAAGGACUAAUUGAAACAACUGACAUCAUAUCUGUGGUCACGGACGAAUCAUACUGUUAUGUUUUACAUAUUUUAAGUGUUCUUCAAGGAAAAUCUAUCACAACCGAUCUGAAAGUUCUCCUUGCUGACACUGUACCUAUCUGCCAUGAAUGACUCCUCAGUUGCAGAUAGCAUGAAGAAAUUCUUAUUGGAUUAUAACAUUGAUUAUUAAAAAUGUGACUGCGCUUAUCUUCGUGAACACUUGAAGCCGAGCUGGGCAAUUACAAAUGAUUAGCACAAGAAAAGAGCACUGCAAUGUCACUGGGUGAGUUCUGAGAUACAGCUGGAGAAAUGUUUCCAAACCUUACUCAGAAAGCAAAAUGAUACUUCCGUGGUAAAAAAAACUCAGUCGGUAUAAACAAGCCACCACACCCGAAUGACUUGAGUACUUAUCUCCUGGAACUAUUGCCCUUUAGACAUAGAGCAUGUUUCUGGCUAUGCUAGAAAAGAGUUUGUUGUACCUUUCUUUCCCUGUUGGAUUAUGGGGAUGUUAUUUAUAUGCAGGCUUUUGAUACAGCCUUGAAAGCACUUGACUCUGUGUAUCACGCAGCCCUUAGAUUUGUAACCAGGAGAAAGCACCUUACACAUCAUUGUGUAAGGCAGUUUACAGAAGUGUGCCCCUUAUCAGACCCCCCAAAGGAAAACAGACGGUUUACUGUGCUGACAGGGUGUGAGGAGGUGUGAUAAAGAGACAGUGCUCAGUUGCAGAACAUCCUACUGGAUCAGCAUUAUGUGAACCUUAGGUUCUCCAUAAUAGAAUGUAAUCAUGUUUUGUAUUGUUGGAAAGCCAAUGUCAUGGGGAACAAGUUGGUGUCUUUGGUGGUGGGUUGCUGACUAAAGAUCUUGAUACUUAUGGGUCAGCACCCAGCCAGAUACAAAGGUUAACCUGGUGUGGUAUGCUUGCAGAGAUAGCGUAAGCAGAAUCAGUAAUGUACUGUUUUGUUAUUCUUGUGUCUUCAUUUGAUGACUUGGGGUUUUCCUUUGAUCUUUUUUUAUAUAAGUGGAAAUGUGCAAUCCUAUGUGCAUAGCCAUUUAACUCCACACACACUUUUGCACCGUUGUAUAUUGUCAUUUUUAAUAUAUUGUACAAUAAAUCAAUAAAUUGCAUUCACUUUAACCUGCCAUUCCACUUUGACUCUUACCACUGCACACCUAGCGAUUUUAAGGUCCUAACAUACACACAGAACUCUGCACUCCAUAGUUAAUCGCCUAUACACGUGUCAUAGAAGUCCAGUUUCUCUUGGACUGCCUAAGAGACACUCUCCCUGUGUGUGCGCAUUGGCUAAUAAAUUGUCAUUUAUUGCA